AUGGCCUUCUCUGAACUUCUUCAACAUAUGGGAAACUUUGGAAGAUACCAAAUUAUGCUUGCCAUUUCAAUAUUAUCAAUAAGUCUACUUUUGCCCAUUCAACACUUGGUGGAAAACUUUUCUGGGGCCAUUCCUGCUCACCGUUGCUAUGUCCAUCUCCUUGACAACAUCACAUCUAAAAGCAAGCUUCCAGAGAACAUAACCAUGGAGGCUCUCCUGAGAAUUUCCAUCCCAAUGGGAGUAAAAAAUGAGCGGGAGCAAUGUCAUCGGUUCCGUCAACCCCAGUGGCAACUUUUAAACUACAGUGAUUUGGCCAUAAAUACUACUGAACUGGAGACAGAAGCAUGCUUGGAUGGUUGGAUCUAUGACCAAAGUAUAUUUACCUCCACUAUUGUAACCCAGUGGAAUUUAGUAUGUAAAUCAAAGUCACUCAAAUUUUGGUCACAGGCCAUAUAUUUUUACGGUUACUUAUUGGGACCUCCUCUAGGUGGCUAUAUUUCUGACAAAUUUGGCCGGAAACCUGCAUUGUUGGCUUCUUCCCUGUUGGCUGCACUACUGGGCACUGGUUCCAUUUUUGCCCCAACCUUCCCAAUUUACUGUGUAAUUCGAUUUCUUUUGGCAGUAUCACUGGGAACCAUAUACAGCGCAUCUCUUUCACUUUUUGUAGAAUGGAUGCCAUCUAAUGUCACAGCCAUGAUUAUAACAAUGAGGGCUCUGGCUCUAAGCACUGGACAGGCGCUACUGGGUGGACUGGCUUAUUUCUUACGAGAUUGGCGCAUGCUACAAUUGUCCAUUUCUGUUCCUUGCUUUGCCUUUUUCCUAUCCAUAUGGUGGACAUCAGAGUCUGCCCGUUGGUUGAUUAUAUCUGGCAAGCUGGACAAAGCACUCAAAAUAAUGAGGAGAGUAGCCCAUAUAAAUGGGAAGAAAGAUGUUGAAGAGACUCUGAAUAUUGAGGUUUUACAAUCUGCAAUGAGAGAAGAACUCGCUUUGCUCAAACGUAAUUCCAAGAAAAUAAAGGUCAUGGAAAGUCCCAUCGUGUACAAGACAAUCUUCCUGCUGUGUUUCCUGAGAUUCUGUGCAAUUUUCUUAGCUUUUGGAGUGUUCUUUGAUCUAAAACAUUUAGGGAGCAAUGUGUUCAUGUCUCAGGCUCUCCUUGGAGCUGUGGACUUCCCAACAAAAUUUCUUUCUUUCUUUGUAAUCAAGUUCCUUAAACGCCGGCCUUCCAUCGCUUCUUCCCUUUUCUUUGGUGGAUUUUUUAUCUUAAUCCUUAUAUUCGUGCCCAAAGAUAUGCCUAUCAUACGGCUUGGACUUGCUAUGUUGGGUAAAGGAUUGAUGGCAAUAUACUUCAGCACUGCUAUGAUCUAUAAUCAUGAACUCAUACCCACAGGACUCAGGUCCAGAGGAGAGGGCUUAAUUAUAUUCGUGUCUGGUCUGGGCGCAUCUCUAAGCAGUCUAGCAUUAAUCACAAGGCAGUAUUUUGAACACUUGCCAACGAUUCUGUAUGGAACUUCCCCCAUUGUGGCCGCCAUCUGUGUCUACUUCCUACCAGAGACUUUAAACUUUCCACUUCCAGACACCAACCAGGAUGUAGAAAGAAGGUACAAAAACUAUAAGGAAACAAGUACCAAUAAAGAAGAGACCAAUAACCUCCAAGAUACCACAGAGUGUUAA